AUGCAGCUCAUACGCGACGAGCCUGAUCGCGCAAACUCCGACUUCAACGUCCGUUUCACCAGCGGAGAGUUCGAGGUUCGUCUCUUGCUACCCUACGGCUGGAUCUUUGUGCUACCUGCAGUCUCAGGAUUCGUGGGAGAAUGGAGGUACUGUACCUUCGACUCUUGUUCGAGCGUAGAUCAAGCGGUUCGGACUUCCGCGAGUGGAUCGUGCGGCGGAAGUGGAAAUGGAAAUGCUGCUAGCAAGGCGGCGACUACCGAAACCUCGGGGAACUCGUGGGGCUUUGCUCCCGCGAGAGUAGUACUCAUGGCUGCGAUUGCUGUUGGACUUACGUUUUGUAGGAAUGCUUUCAAAUGAUAGCUGACGUGAAGGUGAGGUCUGCGACAGGUGAGCCGACGAGACACACCAAAUCUGCCAGAACCAUGCACGGAGAGAGCAACUCGUGGUGAACAGUUUCGCGUGACUGUUGUUUGCUCCUGGCUUUCAAUGAAAGCACUAGGGUCAACUGUUAUCUCUUGCAGUCAGAUCCUAAUUGCCUUUCACGCUCGUUUGCGCCAGAAGAAGGUUUUUUGAAAGGCAGCAGCGCUUGUGCUAUCUGCACGCAAACUUGUAUGAUCAGCUACUUUAGCAACUUGGAAGCGCACGUAAUCCAGUGCGACUGCACCAUCUACAAGUAUCAAUCUACUUUUGUUACUAUUGUGCCUUUGCUAAAAAUAAAUGACAGCUCUCUAAAGGUGAAUGACUACCGCCAACAGCCCAGUCCAUUGUAUAAGAAGAAUAUUCCGUUACGAACACCCGAUAUACACCUUUAAACAUGUGAUAGCAGCUCUAUACAGGUGAAUAGUAACCGCGGAUUGGCCGAACAGCAUAUGCCUAAUAUUCACCUUUUAGCGCUGCAUUCACAUGCUUUGUGGUCCGAAGUAUACCCGUCGGAUUAAACAAAUACUGCCUGUCGAGCAGACAGUCGGCGUCUGGCAAGUCGAAGACAUAAUUGUACAGCGUUAGAGGCAGUAACUUAGUCGUCCUUUGCCUUGCGUAGAGAGUCUCUGUCGUCCGUCCGUCACUAUAACUACAGCGGGACAAGAUCUACACCUUCGCCGACGAGGUGACCCUCGUCUAUAAGAACAAUUCCACAGGAGAGCGGAGGCUGGAAGACUCCUCUCCUCUCGAAUUAUUCAGACACAAACAACAUCGCACAGGAUACCUAUCACAAUUCGAGAUCGCCUAUACACAAUAUUCUAAAGUGAACACAACGAAAUUCACCAUGCCGGGUUUCUGAGGCACGACGCUCCACGUCCAAAAGGACGAAUACUGCCACGACUCCUUUCACGAGGUCUUAAAGAAUAAAGAAUAACAAAGAUCUCGAGGGCUAUGUGCGCGAGCGCUGCCGUGUCCCCAAGGUCAGCGUAAAGUACAAGACGGGCAAGUACGAUGUUGACGCAGUUGGUGAGCAUACCCCCUCUACCUACUAGGAGCUCGAAUACUGAUGCGUGUGCCACAGUCCACCGCGACAGCGAGAAGGAGAAGGCUUAUCGAGAGCACGUCAAGAAAUUCUAUCAAAUCCUUAAGGAGAGGGUUUUCAGGAGCCAGGCGGACGGAAAGUUAGGAGAUAAGGAGGAAUUGGAGCUUAUCGAGAUGGAAGAGGGCGAAGACAGCCGAAUGUAUCUCUCAAAGUCUGAAAAGGCAGUUGCAACCAUUGAGAAUGGUCUGGAGUAG